AGCUGGGCGUAUCGCUGCGCUGUCCAGAAUGAGGUCUCUCGCCCUGUCCGCCUGGCUUACCCUGGUCGCGAGCACCGUCGUCUCCGCCGCCCCGGCGAGGGAGUACGCGCACAAGGUGAAGGAGAGCGUCGGCCCCCCGCGGGGAUGGACGAGACUCAGGCCGGCACCCGCCGAUCACACGAUCAACCUGCGCAUCGGGCUGCCGCAGCCCAACUUUCACUUGCUCGAACAGCACCUGUACGAGGUUAGCGAUCCGUUCCAUGAGCGGUAUGGGGCACACCUGUCGAAGGAGGAAGUGGAGGAGCUGAUUGCGCCGCAUGAGGAGAGCCUUGACUUGGUCGACGAAUGGCUCGCUACUUAUGGGAUUGGGGAGGAGGCGGUAUCGCGCUCGCCGGCGAGGGAUUGGGUCAGGGUGAAGGUGCCCGUCUCUUUGGCGGAGGAGAUGCUUCAAACUGAAUACUAUGUCUGGCUGCACGAGUCUGGGGACGCAGCUGUCCGCACGACUUCCUACAGCCUCCCAGAACACCUGCUCGAGCAUGUCGACGUGGUCCAGCCCACGACGAUGUUCGCUCGCAUGAAGGGCAUGGCGGCGACAUACAGGUGGGCUGACGAGGAGCGUCCGACUAUCGACCUCAGCGGAUCGUUCAUUCAAAUCCCCUCUGCGUACAACGGGGAAGUCAACGCCAGCUGCAACGGAUCCAUCACGCCUUCCUGCCUGAAGCAACUGUACAACUUCGUGGCAUACACGCCUGAGGCGACGGAUGAAAACCAGAUCGCGGUCACGGGGUAUCUCGAGCAGUACGCCAACUUUGACGACUUCAACUCGUUCAACGCAAAGUUCGUUCCUCAAGCGGCCAAUUCCACUUUUGACGUAAUUUACCUCAACGGCGGAGAGAACAACCAAAGUUUCGCUGCGGCUGGAAUCGAGGCAAACCUUGACACGCAAUACGCGUUUGGCCUGACAUACCCGACGCCUCGUACUUUCUACUCUACCGGCGGAAGUCCACCUUACAUUCCUGACGAGCUCACUAUUGAGGAUACCAACGAGCCCUAUGCUGACUGGCUCGAGUACAUCCUGAACGUGACUGAUCUGCCGCAGACCAUCUCGACGAGUUACGGAGAUAACGAGCAGACAGUGCCUGAGAGCUAUGCAAAGCGCGUCUGUGCAGGUUUUGCUCAGCUCGGUGCUCGCGGCGUCUCCUUGACUUUCAGCUCCGGUGACUACGGCGUCGGCGAUGGCGACUCCGACCCGGCUACACAGAAGUGCUACACCAACAACGGCCUGAACGAGACAACGUUUUUACCGGCCUUCCCUGCGAGUUGCCCAUAUGUGACCACGGUGGGUGCGACUUGGUACCUGCCCGAGAGAGGCUACUAUAUCUCGGGAGGCGGCUUCAGCAACUACUUUGCGCGUCCCGUGUGGCAAGACUAUGCUGUCGAAAGCUACCUCGAGAAACUUGCGCCUGGAACGUACGCAGGACUGUAUAACGCAUCCGGCCGUGCCUACCCUGACGUUUCCGCGCAAGGCCAAUGGUUCAACCUCUACGUCGGAGGCGUGGAAGGAACCAUCGGAGGAACAUCCGCUGCAUCCCCGACCUUCGCUUCCGUCGUCUCCAUGCUGAACGACGCGCGCAUCGCGAACGGCCUGUCGCCUCUGGGCUUCUUGAACCCGUACAUCUACGCGAUCGGCGCGUUUGCGCCGAAGGCCUUCAACGACAUCACCGUCGGGAACAACCCUGGUUGCGGUACGGAGGGCUUCAACGCUACCGUUGGGUGGGACCCGAUGACGGGCUUCGGCACUCCUGACUUUGAGAGACUGAAGGCGAUUGCUCUUGGGAACUUUACGGAGAUUUUGAGCUUUGCAUAACUGGAUCAAUGGACAUGUAUGGACUGUUGCUAGAUAUUCAUGUGUAAUGCCAGCGUGCACGGUUCGAGCCGUAGGCCGUAUAAUAUGUACGAACGCGUGUACGCACCAGCGUGAGCAAUCAGUGAGAUGCGGACUGCUGCGUUGGAAGAAUGUAAUCCAAUAUGUCCUG